AAAGGGCGCUGCGCGAGGGGAGCGCACGAGGCAGUAGUGGGUCGCGGGUGGCGCUGGGAGCUGAGGGCCUGGAGGAGGCUGAGGGGAGACCUCAUCCCUCUCCGCAGCUCCUGGAAAGGAGGCUGGAACCAGAAAUUCAGUGCGCAUUAACAGUGCGACAGCUUGACUUUUAACAUGGAGAAGGAACAAGUUUCAAAGCGUUUAUACGUCGGAGGGCUUGGCCAUACAGUUUCUAAGGCUGAACUGCAGGAAAGAUUUGGCAAGUUUGGGCAUGUUUUGGAUGCAGAGAUCAUUACCAGACAAGAUGAUCAAGGGAAUCCGAUGAAGACUUUUGCUUACAUCAGUGUCAGAAUUUCUGAUGUGGAUCUUAAGAAGUGCAUGUCAGCUUUAAAUAAAACAAAAUGGAAAGGAGGGACACUGCAAAUUGAGUUGGCCAAAGAGAGCUUUUUGCACAGGCUGGCCUUGGAGAGGGAGGAAGCAAAGCUGCGGAAAGAAAAACCACAGAGAAAUGACAAAGCACAUCUGUUACAAUCGCUGGAGAAGGCUGGAGUCGUAGACUUCCACAUGAAAGCAGUACCAGGUACAGAGGUGCCAGACCAUAAGAACUGGGUUGUUGGUAAAUUCGGCAGAGUCUUGCCUGUCCUGCACCUUAGGAGUCAACGAAAAAAUAAGAUUGUGAAAUACGACCCGUCAAAGUAUUGCCAUAACCUUAGGAAGCUGGAGCCAGACUCGACGCGUGUAGUCCCUAUAUCUGAGCUUACCUGGCACUUGGAAGAGAGAGAUGACAGCCUGAACAAGAAGCGCCGAGGAGAAUUCCCCGUAACUAAGAAGCCACCUAAAAAACUGAGGCAGCUGCGCAGUGAAGCUCUGAAUGGAGCAGUUUGCUCUUUUGAGUGCCAGUCGCAUUCUGAAAACGCCAGCUCACUGCACCUAGAUAAGAGAUCAAAAUCCAUUGAGAAGUCUACAUCGCCUCUAUCAAGCAAUCUCGAUAGUAAAAUUGAGAGGGAGGGGGGAGGCUUAUUAUCAGGUAAAAGCAAUGUUUCUGGAGUUACAGCUCAAAAUAGUAGCAGUGUUUCUGAUAGCAACAUUGAUUCUGAAGAGGAAAUCAGAGCAAUGGUAAAGAAAGAGAUGGAAAUACAGAAAGCUGGAAAUGCUGAGAGUGAAAGUGACCACUUGGAAAUUGUUGGGGAUGAUUUUGAAUUAAAAUACAACAGCUACUGGUCCUUAAGCAAUCCAGAUGCCAUGAAAGAAGCUGCCAAAGGAAGUUGUAGAGAGAAAGAGACUAUGGAAUGUGGUAAUGGUUAUGAUUCGGCAGAUACAGAUGAAAUUAUUGCUGAAAAUAGAACUCCAGGUCUCAGUAGCAGGAAACCCAUUUUGGAAGAUUCUAAACAGAGGAAGGUGGAAAAUAAAGGAAUGCUAACUAACAAGAAACGUAAUUUGGUAGCUGACUCCUCACUAAAAACUCACUCUUUAAAAGAAGAAUGCACUGAAAGAAAAGGGAAACCAAAAAGGUCCAAAACCGCUUCCUUGCGGAAUGCAGCAGUUAACGGUACAACAAAUGCAAGUGAUAGUGAAAGCUGUUGCUCGGAGCCUGAGGAAGGAGACUCUGAAAUCAGUUCUGAUUAUGAAUCCAUGAUGCGAAACUGUUACCGUUUGGACCUCACAUUAGAUGACUUAAAAGCAUUGGCUGCUGAAAACACAAAGGCACCAGUGGAAGAAUCAGACGGUACCCAGGGUUCCAGUCAUUGCAGUGUUGAAGAGAAUCCAAAGGGUAAUGUUGUAAAUAAACCAAAACUUUCUAAAUUUUGUCCUGAAGUUAAAAAAAAAAGUAUCUGUCCUGAAGAUGUGGUUGCUGAAAUUUUAGCAGGGGAGGAGAAUGGGGCUGAAGAAAGCUCCAAGGGACAAAACAACUUUCAUCUGAAAUAUCAGCCCUUCAGAGGAAUGGGGUCCCUGUGUGAGAUAGAGUUACCCAAGGACAGCACUGGUGCAAAGGAGAGGCCUGUAGGAACUGUAGGGCUUGAAGCUUGUGUUUCUCAGUUUGAGGAGGAGCCAGCUAAGAGGCAGCCUAAGAACCAUCCGUUGUGUUCACUUCAAGUCAGCGAUAGAAAGAGACAAAAUCUGUGCUGUGAGGAGCAGAGGGAACUGUCAGAUGCUGCCUCCCUAGUGGAUGAGGGCGACUGGCCUGUUUCCCAGCCACGGUUACAAGAAGAGAGCAAAAGUGCGAGUUCUUUGCAGGAAGACCAAAAUUCAGAGUGUGGAGGUGCUGAUCAGUGGGAAGGUGAGGCCAGUGAUGGUGUGUUGUCACAGAAACCGGUUAAACGACAACUGAAAAGCUCCAAACUGCUCUCCAAAAAAUUGAAGAGGGAUGUAAGCGAUGAAGAACCUGAAUGUGACACUAAUCAAUGUGAGGAUAGGAAGACAAGCCUUCGGGAAAAUAAAAAACCUUGUCUUCGUGCUACUGAUUCAAAGGAACCUGAUCCACACCAGAAGCAGCUGCAGGAUAACCAGAGGAGGCUGGCAGCUCUGGAAGAGAGACAGAAAGAGAGAGAACUGCAGAAGAAGCUCAUUCAAGGAGCUCUUUCCAAUCUGGAUUGCCAGCUGGCAGCGAAGCAUAAACACAUCAUCUUCAAUUCGGAUGUGGAAAGUGAGGCUGAAGUAGAUGAGGUGUUGAAGGAAGACGCGAGUUUGGGAAAUGUGCAUGAAGGUGAAUCUGCUCCUAAAGCUUCAGGAAGACUGUUUGAAAGCAGCGAGGACGAGCAAGAUGAUACAGACGAUGAGAGAUUCCAAAUUAAGCCCCAGUUUGAAGGAAAAGCUGGUGAAAAACUCUUGCAAUUGCAAUCAAGGUUUGGCACGGAUGAAAGGUUUCGCAUGGAUGCUCGAUUCCUUGAAAGUGACAGUGAAGAAGAAGCAGAGACAAACGUCUUGAAGACAGAUGAGGAUGAAGAGCUUGCUGCAGAGAAAAAGAAAAACCUGCAAAUACUGGGCAGCCUCUUGAAUAUUGACCUGGAACACCCAAAGGCAACUAAAACAGCCACAAGCGCUAAGAAAUUCAAAGAUAUUAAUGCCCUCCGCUAUGAUCCCACAAGACAGGACCAUGCAGUUUUUGAAAGGAAACCAAGCGCUACAGAAAAAGAAAGUAAAGCUAAAAGGAAGAAGAAGAGGGAGGAGAGUGAGAAACUGCCUGAAGUGUCGAAAGAAACAUAUUAUGAUAUUGUUGUGGAUUUAAAAGAGUUGUUUGGCUCUUCAAAGAGCAAAGCAGCAAAAAGGGAAGAGGUACCCUGGGACAAAGACGAUGCAGGGGAUUCUGCCCCACCGGACCGUUUGGGAGCCAGCGCUGGCAGUGAUGAAGCUCAGGAUUCCAGUACUUUCACAUUUUCCUUUUUUGGAGACAUGGAGAAUUCAGACGUAAAAAAAGAGCCUUAUGUAAUUGAAACAAUAAAACCUGUAAAAGUCACAUGGCAAGAAGAUCCACGCUUCCAAGACAGCAGUUCUGACGGCGAUGAUGAACCGGAGGAAUCUGAAAGUGAAAGGGACAAAGAAAUGCCUUUCCCAUUACCACAGACAGAAAGUACAAGAUUUUUCUUCUUCUCCAAAGAUGAUGAACGACUAAGAGAGGGCCCCAAGCUAUUUUGUAGAUCACUAGACUUCAGUGAAGAAAAAGAUGACUGGGAAGACAGACGUAGAUUAUUGCUUGAGGAAUGCCGGAAGAAGCAUAAGGAUGCAAGAAGGAAAGUGAAAGCAAAACAAUAAAUUUUAUCUUGCUGGUCAGCAGAAGUUACAGAAAAAUGUUACUUUCAAAAGUCUAGUGUUUCAAAGACUCAAUAGGGAAUAAUACUGGAAAAGACUGUUAAACUUGUUUCGAAAUAGAGACAGCUUUGCGGUCCUGCUGCUUUUUCUCCUGGAGGCAGCACUUCCCUGCAACACUAAGGAGUUGAGGAGAAAGAUGCUUGGCCACUUGUGACGUUUGGGUCUCUGAGCUGUGCAUCCCAGCACCGUGUCUGAGCAGAAGGCACCGGUGAGCCCAGGCCAGGCUCAAAGGGCGCUGCUGUACCCGGUACCAGGAGCCCAGAAUGAGUGUGGGCUGUGCCCGCCUACCCAGCACAGCCCUCACAGCUCAGUCCUAAAAUCAUGUGCCCCAGUCCCAGUGACUUCGGACACACUUCAGCUCUGUUUCACUCUGGACAAGGCUGCAACCAGUUCCCUGUGUCCUCAUCGUCUGGGUUGGUGAGAAUAGUGGCAGAGUGGCAAAGCUCCUUUCCUUUAAAAGCUCAGUUUGCUGUUAGGUCUGUUUGUGACAGGACAGCUUCUGAAGAUCGAUCGUGUUGGUGCAGCAGCCACAGGGCGUUCCCCAUCCCACCUUCCGGGUCCUGUUCCCCAGCACGGUCUCUGCUGGAGCAGCAGACAGCUUCCUCCUCUCAUGGUCAGCCAAGAAAUCCCAAACAGAGACUGCAAAUACUGGGUGAGGAAGUUACUCCUUGGAGCUCAGCAGAGUCCAAGCGGUGCCUGUUACUGAGGGCUUGAGUCCCGCCAAACCCUUUAGAGCAAAAACAUCACAGGCGCUCGACAGGAGGGUGACUGAGGGCUGAGGAACAUCCAUCCUGCGAAAGGAUUUCUCUCCAGCUGGGGACCAGCGGGCACCUUUCCAGUGCAGGAAGGAGAAAGGAUUUAGUGUCUUGAGUGACUGCUGAACAGCUCAAGUUGCGGAGAGCUGGAAGGCUGACAGAGGGAAUCCUGUGGCGUGGCUGUGCAGGUUUGAACAUCCCUGUGCUCUCCAGACAAAUGACAGUCUAAUGCUGCAUGUGUGAGUGCCUUCCUGAUGGGCCUGAAUGCAGCGUGAAAGUUGGUUCAACAAAGCAGGGAGCAGCUGCUCUCUCUGGGGAGAGUGGAGAACCCAGUGAAGCUGAUGGGCUUUUCUGCCAGCCAAGAGGCAGUGAGGAAGGGAAGGAGGUGUAGAGGGCCCCAGAGAACUUGAGGGAAGCACUUUGUCCUGUUCUUGGCUGCUGUGGUGGGGCAGCCAUGGGGUCGGACGCGGCACGUGUGGGCAGCGCUCUUUGGGGCAACUGCCACCUGAGCUCCCAGGUGCUGCCGAGCAACGGAGCUGGGCCGGAGCCGCCUGAGGAGCCUGGCUCUGCACUGCAGCGCUCAAUCCCCAACACCGUUCCCCUCUGCUGGCACCCGGCUAACGGAGCUGGGCCGGGCCCUGGUGUCGGAAGGCCGUGGGAAAUCUCAGGGUGCCCAGUGAGAAGGAGACCCUGAGCACGGGAGUCGGGCCGGGAAGGUGGCUGGUAGCAGAGGGUGGCUGGGGGCACUGACAGCGGGAGAUGAAGGAAGCUGAAGGGCUUGUGCAGAUCUCCUCCACUGAGAAUCCCUGGGUUAAUCUCAGGUAAACCAGAGUUUAAGUGAAAAUUCAAUAAUUGUCCAGUAUCUUCGUUCAGUCUUCCCUUUCAACCCUUUUGUCUUUUGACAUACCUUUCCUUCCCUUCCAGUCCUGUGGUUUCCCUGGUGGGGUUUCAGGUCGGAUGUGUGGGAUGUUCUCUCUAGCUGUGGGCAGCAGUGGCACCGAUGCUACAGAGCCAGGUGCCCCCCGCCCUCCCCACUUGCUGUUCCAUGCACCGUGUGCUUCAGACCCUGGUGUGUAGGGACAGAAUGUGAGGGAUGGUGACAAAACAGGGAAGAAAAAGGAGAGACUGGUUGCUUCCAGCAGCAAAAGCCUGCUGUCCAUUAUGUGUUCGCUGGCUGUGUUCCUCUCAUCCUCCACCUCAUGUCGCUCUUCUCUGUGCGUGCACUCAGCUUCCCUUCUCCAGACAACUUUGCGCAUGAAGCACCUUUGAAACAUGAUGUGAGCAGCGCAGCAUUUUGGGCACAACUGGGGAAGUGAUCGCUGUGCUUCCAGGGCAGGGCUGUUGCACUGUGUCCAAGCCCUAGGAAUGUACUGUGCCUUGGAAAGGACAGAAGCACUAUCUGUCUGCUUCUGAUGGUGUUAUUGUAUUGAAAAGAAGAGAUGCUUGGCAGAAGAGGUGGCAGGGAGCUUGUGCCUGUUCUUACCCUGUGUGCAAUGCAAGACAAGGCAGUGAAUGCUGACGCCAGAAGUGGUUUAAGGAACUCAGUUCACGUUGCACCACCAGUUUCCAUGCCUCGACUGAGAAGUGGUAACUCCCUAUAAAUUUCUCACUUAUUUUCAUUCAAGGCAGGUAAGUGCUGAAACACUUGAGUGGAGCAGGACCUUAAAGAACAGCAAAUAAACCACACGCACCUCCCGUACCGUGGUGGGGAACAGCCUGCUCCAGGCCAGGGCUGCAGCUUGCACUGAAACAGGCGGCUGCAGUCGUCUCACAGGCAUUGUGUUUGUGCAUUUUACUUCAGAUGUUGCUGAGCAAAGCUGAAGAAUCAUUCUUAUUAAAUUUUCACAUGUGAACAGGUUUGGAUUUGGUCUAUUUGGCCAGGAGAAUGGCGGUCUUGGGCUUUUUAGUUACCUGUGGAAAACUUUCUUAGGGGCUUGGGGUCGUUCACUUUAGUCACCUUUUUGUGCUCCAUGUAUACCACUAAAUCCUCUGGCCUGCACGGAGCUUGCUUAAAUGUAUUAGUUUUCAGAAUGCUGAAUUUGUUCGUUUUAUUGAGUUUCUGGGUUUUGUUCCAAAUUCAACCUUGCCUUGCAUCAGAACAGGAGCUGAAGAGGGAGCACAUUGACUUUUCCAUUUUGUAUCUUGGGCAGCAAGUGUUUUUGCUUCACUUUUCCCUGGGCUAGGGCAUGCCCUUGAUUUCCAAUAAAAAGAGUUAAUGCUGGGACAGGUGAGAUUUUUUUAGACCCUUGCCAGUGCCAGUUUUAAUACACACAUCACACAAAAUGGGAAAACUGUUUUUAAUGGAAAAAAAACAACAAAAGCUUUAAGGCGAUUUAAAUUGUAAACCUGUGGCUUGUUUCAUUUAGGAAGGAGUUUGAUUUAUUAUACUUACUGCCUUUAGUUUAGUACAUUUUCAAAUUGCAUUGGUCUCUCUGUGUUCCUUCUUACAAUGAUCAUGGCUGUAAAAGAUUUUUAUCAGACAAUACAGCAGCAGGAGUUGAACUAUGCUCUGUUGCUUUGGAAACGAGAGCUGCUGUCACAGAAGUUUGCAUGCCUUUGCACAAAACAUCUAUAGACCGAGGUGUGCUGCCAAUCCCCAGCUUCAUUGCAUGGAGCUGUAUGUUCCCAGGCAAACUUGCUUCUCCUCCUCUUCGCUUGAGUCGCUGGGUAUGGAAUUCUUGCCCCGCUGCCGUGUUUGCCUGCUGUAGCAGCACCGGGGCCUGUUCGGUGUGGUAGGAGCCGGGUUUGAGUAGCAACAGCCCCGGCAGGCAAUGGCCAAGCUGCCGCAUGGAGUGGGAGCUCUGCAGCGCGUCCUCUGUGCGUGGUUUUAAUGUGCUCUGCCCUCGCCCCGUCCUCUGCUGUAGCCGUAAGGGGAUGUCCCGAAGGUUUCGCUUGAGUCUGUGCAAUAGAACUUCGUUAAACUGAGCAGUUUUUGUUUAAUCGUUUAACUAUGACUCCUGUCUGUCAGGAAAAGGUUCUGCGAUUUGUUUCUCUGCCUCUCUGUAACGGCUCUGCAGUGCCGGCGGUGCAGCCUGGCCAAGCAAAACGCCCGAAUUCAGAGGGCUUAGGAGAGAGGGAACGUGUCUCGUUAGCACCGUCUGCAGUUCUCCAACAUCUGUUCUGAUCACAAGGCUGCAGCAAAGCAGCCCCGGAGCUCUCGCCUGUGCCCCGCGGAACUCACACCGUGGUGUGGCUGCGGAAACACAAGUGCUUAAUGCCAGCUUCGGGGAGUCCCUGCAGUCUUCUCACUGGAUUCUAGAGGUUUUGCCCUCAUGAUGCAGUACACUGUAGUUCUCACAAAUACAAUCACUCCUAUCAGGCAACCAGGGUGCAAGAUCUUAUCUGAGUUCCGCCUCAGGUACUCCAGGGCUAUUUGUGCCAGCUCAGCUUUGCUUGUGACACUAAAUAAUGCGAUAUAACGUAUCACAGAAUUUAAAUUCAUUUUCUAGUGUUGGCGCUCACCUGUGCCAAGCAGACUGACUGGUAAAUUGUGAUCCAUUUAUGUCUCAAUGCGGAUAAUUGUGGGUGCCUGGAUGCUGCCAUAUCCUACCAUUUGACUGGGAAUAUACUGGAUUCUUAGUAUGCAUGAUACGCAUUUCGAACUGUUAAGAGGAGCAGAGAGAGCAAAGCAUAAGAAACAAGAUUAUAUGGCACAGUCACUGUUUCAUUCUAAAUUUUGACAAAUUUGUGGCAAAUACUUGGCAAAUACUUUUUUUUUUUUUUUUAAAUCGGGUUACAGCUGUGGCAGUGGGAAAAGCCACUAUUGGAUGGAAUCGUCUCAUUUAUCUUUGACUAAUGACAACCUCGGAGAGUGAAGGCGAUGUUAGGCAGUGAACAGAGCCGAGCUGUUGGGCUGCUCAGCCUGUUGAUUCACAACAAAUAUGUCAGGAGUUUACAAGGGGAAAAAAAGCACAUCAAAGCACCAAGAUAAAUGCGUUCUGGUUUUUGGAGGCUAACGAAGGCGCGUUUGCUUACACAGCCUCAUUUGAGCUAGUCCGAGUUGCCUGGCUCUCGAGCGCCGCUCGGCACCAACAAGCCUGAGCAAGUCCCCCUCCUGCAAGAUCUGCCUGGCUGAGUCUGGGCGAGUCCGUGUCCCUCACUGGGGAUAAAGGUACUUCUUAAAAAAAACUUUGUACUUUUUUUAAAAAAGUCCCUUUUAAAAAACCACCCUUUUUUAAAAACAGAAAGUUUAAAACUUUUUUAAAAACAAAAAGUUUAAAACCAAAAAUCUUCAAGACAACAGAUUUUAUGUUGUAGAAGAGAUGUAAUAAAAAUAGCUUGUAAUGAAACAACAUCUAAAGCACCUAUAUUAGUUAGCACUGAAAUUUAUCAACAAAUAAACUUCUGUAUGAUUAUUUGUGACCUCCCGGACUACAGACCAGCUGGGGAAGGAACAGUAGAGCUCUGAUAGGCUUUUGCUUUAGUGAGCUUCAGUAUUUUCUGUAUCGCAUGGACAUUACACAGCUGGUUUUAUCCUAAUGUUAACAUAUUGGGUUUCCACUUUCCACUUAAUUGAGCAAACACAGGAGAGUAUUUAUGUAACUGAAGAUUUGCAACUGCCAGUAGCAUUAAUUAGGAGAGGAAUAAUUAGGCGAAUAGUGGUGUCCAAACAGUUCCAAUAGAAAUCUCAUUAAUGUUAUUAUUUGUGAUGAGCUGCACCUCGGACAAGACCCUAAGGGGAGGCAAACGGGGAAGGAUCUCAGUGGGGUGCCAGCUUGGCUAUGAAGAAGAAACAAUAUCAAGAUUUUAAGCUGUCUGGUCUCAUUAUUGUCACCUAGGCAAGCUGCAGCUCCGCUAUCUGCUUAAAAGCCGUCCUGGACCGAAUGAGACACUUUUUGGUGGAAUAGGUACAAAAAGGGCAUUUUCCAAUUAGUACUUGUUCUAGAAUUGUUGCUGCGUGUAUCAGAAACAGGUUCUCUCUCGUGCUGGGCAGGAAACGGGGGCUCGCUGAGACGGGGGUAACUGCGAGUGUGCAGUGAGAAAGGGACUAUGAGAGCGUGGAGAUGAAGGGCAGUCCUGGAGGAUUCCUCACUGUAAGCGCUGGAGUCAGCUUUGCUGGGUGUGUGGCCAAACACAUCCCCAUUUCGGCUCUGUCCCGAUCUGGAGGAGAAAAGAGGAAUCUCCUUUCUGUCACCUUUCUUUUCCUCCUUCUCCCAUGACUGAGAACAGGCUGAAGUGGUGCCUGAUGCUCUUGUCCAGGGCGCUCACUGCAGGCUGAUCUGGCAGCGGUGGGUGCUGCAAGAAGUCGGUAGGGAGGGCGAGGGCUGGGUGCUGUUACCUACAGCUACGGCUUCAGCAGGAGUGGGCUGUUCAUGCCUGGUCACUGUCUAGCUCUGAGAACACAGGCCUCGCUUUCCAGCUGCGAGGGCUCUCUGGGACUCUGUCAGCUCUGUGUGACCUGUAAUGAUUUUCCUGUACUGUUCUAUUAAUUCAUGCUCCUGCUUUUCGCUUUGCUUGUGUUCACGCAGAUCUGUAUUGUGAUGCGAGUUUACCAGCAGCGCUCCAGAAUGACGGCCAAGUUUCAAGUAAGAGUUUUUGUUGUGCCUGUUUGAACAGCAAGACAGGAAAAAACCCAAACAUAUGUUCAGAUCAUUAAUUUAACAAGUUACUACAGAUCUAGAUUCAGUGAUGAAGUACAAGCUUGCUUAAGACCAAAUCUUUGCAGUUUUUCUGGACACAAACUUAGGUUUCAUUUACACAUAGGAGAGGUUUAUCUCUGUCCAUCUCUUGUAGGUCGUCUUCCCAUCGGGCGAGGCUCCCAGCACAGGGCUGACUCUGGUGCCGAGGGGCUGUGACUGCCCAGAGCCAUGUUCUGCAUUUCACAAAUUGACUCUUGGCUGGAGUUAACACGUGAAUGCACGUUGUGGCUCUUUCCAAA